CAAUCAGCAUCCGGAACAGAUGUAAAAUGGAGUUCCAGCUUAAACUGGUAAUCAUCGCCUGCACGCUACUGUCUGUAGUAAAGGCGCUAAGCAAUAGUGGAAACCAAACAAAUUGCUACAAUGACGAGCGAAGUCAUCGUUCACAUUACGCAUCGAAAACAGCCUACGAAGUGAUGCGGCCUCACUUCGGAAAUCGAGAGCUCAGCCAUCGAGGCUGCAAACCUCAAAAGAUUUGGCUGCUUAGUCGACACGGAACACGGCUACCCGGAAAAAAGGAUAUCAGAGUUAUGUCUAGUGAACUGAGUGGCCUACGGGAUUCAAUUCUGGAAAAUAUAGAGCUUUCCAAAGUUGAUUCACACACGAUAUGCCCAUCCUAUUUGAAACGAUUGGAAACUUGGCAAUGGAAUAGUAGCAUAACUCUUGAUCGCGAAUCAUAUCUAACGGAGCAAGGAUGGAACGAUCUCAAGUCACUGGCCAAACGGAUGAAGAAACGUUUUCCUAAAAUUUUCUCCAAGCGAUAUUCUCAAGCAAAUUAUCUGUUCCGGCAUACAAACACCCAACGCACGGAAGCCAGUUUCAAAGCAUUCAUUGAGGGCCUAUUCGGCCCAGAUGCUGACGGUUCCAUUAAGGCAGAAUGUGAACCAAAUGAAGACACACUUCUGAAACCGUACGACUCGUGUCCGGCGUACCAGCAUAACGAGAACCGAAUCAAGAAAACCGACUCGGAGUUGAAUAGGUUUCUUCGAUCACGCGUGUAUUUGCAAACCGUGUCAGACAUUUCCACUCAGCUUGGUUUUGCCUCCAAUCUGAGCUCCAGCCAGAUCGAAGCCAUGUGGGAUGCCUGUCGGUACGAGCAAGCAUGGCAGCCACGACAAUCGAGUCCUUGGUGCGGUGUAUUCAACAGAAGGCAGGUUGAAGUGUUGGAAUACAAGGAAGACCUCAAGUACUACUAUCAGAACAGUUACGGAUAUGCGAAAAGUGCUGAUUUGGCUUGCUUCACUGUGGCGGAUAUGAUACGGAAUUUUGAACCUAAAAACGAUCCUAGGGUUGUAGCUUAUUUUACCCAUGAAUCGGAGAUUCAAAUUUUCUUGACUGCUUUGGGAGCACUCAAAGAUAGAACUCCAUUGAAAGCAAACAAUUUUAGGUCAAUGGGCAAACGUCAAUUCAAAUCCAGCAUUUGGACACCAUUUGCUGCUAACGUGAUCGCUGUAAAGUACGACUGCCGAGAACAUGGAGACUCUUCGGUAAAAAUUGGAUUCUUUCUUAAUGAACAACCUUUAAGGUUGGAUUGGUGUCGUGGCCGGCUAUGCAGUUGGCAUAAGGUUGUGCAACGUUACAAGCGGUCCAUUAACGGAGACUGCUCUGUGUUGUAUUGCCGUUGAGAAAUAAAAAAGAAAUUUCAUAACUGGAGAAAAUGUUUUCAACCGGACGGUGUUU